CGCGCAUGUCUGCAACUCGAGCCAAGAAAGUGAAGAUGGCCACCAAAUCAUGCCCCGAGUGCGACCAACAGGUACCUGUUGCAUGUAAAUCUUGUCCCUGUGGUUAUGUAUUUAUUAAUAGGAAACUUCUAAAAAUAAAACACUCAGAGAAAUCAUCAACUUUUACAGGAGGUCCUGGUAAGGAACGUGGAACUAACAAACUACCACCAACCGGAAGAAUUCGGGAAAGGUCUAAAGGAGAGAGGAGACUCCAGUCCAUAUGUCCUGCCAACCUCCCAGAAUCCUUCUCACUGGAAUCCAUCUUGGCUGAACAAUGCACAUGCCACCAGGAAGGACCCUGAGUCAGAGUGAUUGGCCAGAGACAACUGGGAAACUAACCCCAUACCAUAAAACCCGAGACUGCAAGCCAUGUGGCAGAGCAGUUCUCCUGGGUUCCCUUACCCUGCUGCUCUCCACCUGGGCGCCCCUUCCCAAUAAAGUCUCUUGCUUUGUCAGCAUGUGUGUCUCCUCGGACAAUUCACUUCCAAGUGUUAGACAAGA